AUGCAUUUUUUUAGAAGACACAAUAAUACAGAUCAAAAUGUUUUAAAUACUAAUAAUAUUUUUGAGUUAUCUUGCGAUGAAAAUAUUGACAGUAAUGUGGAAAAUAGUGAUAGUAAUGUGGACAAUAGUGAUAGUAAUGUCGACAAUAUUGACGGUAAUGUCGACAAUUUAAAAAAUAAUAUAGACAACAAAGAAACUGGAAUUAGAUUAUUGUCUCAUUUAUUAAUUACACUCGAAGCACAACAUUUUGUUAGUUUAAAAGCUAUUGAAACUAUAGUAACUUCCCAAAAAUUAAACAUUAAUGGUUCAAAAUUGGUGUUGGAAAAAGAUGGGACAGAAAUAAUAGAGAAUGAAGUGUUACUUAUCCUAAAGGAUGAAUGUCUUAUACUAUUGGAAGAAGGGGAAAAUUGGAUACCAAUGGCUGUUUCGGAUAUAUCAGAAACAGAAUCAAAUUCGACUAAUACUUCAACUUCAACUUUGCAGGGUAAUACCUGUUCAGAUUCUAUAAUUAUUAAUAAUUUACCAAUAGAUGUAAUUGAAUGCGAUUCAAAUAAAGAAAAUGAACAAGUGGAUUUUAAUAACUCAUUGCUAUAUGUCAUAUCUAAUGAAAAACCAUUAGUUUCUGAGUCUUUUUGGCAAAAUUUUGAAAUACCCUGGGCUAAAUUUCCCGAAUAUAUGAUAAAUUCUUUAGAAAGUGGAAAAGCUGAAAGACAAAUAACUGUGGAAGUAAUACAUACUAUUUUAAAUGAAAUGAGAAGUGUAAAAACCCAAAUACCCAACAUGGCAUAUCGAUGUGUGGCCAGAAAAAUGGCGGAUAAAUUUCCAUUAAUAUUUUUGGACAAGGACGAAGACGGUACAGUUUUGGGCAAUGGAACACACAGUACCGUUUGUCGAUUGCAAGAUCGAUGUAAUUAUUUAAACAGGUGCAAAAAAAGACCUGGCACAAAGUUGCCCCCACAACAUUUAAAAAAAAUGGCAGGCAGCAGGGCUGGUUGCUCUAACUGGCAGCCGCCGGAAAGUAAUAAAUCCGUUGACAUUCCCCAUAUUAAGAAAUUACUUUUUUCAAUAGAUGAAACUGAUCCAAAUUUUUUUGAGUACUUGGACCAGACAUAUUAUGAUCAAAGAACAUUUUUAAAUUCUCCUAAUCCUCCAACCAUGUCGACUAUUAAAAAUGAAUGGCCAGUACUUUUUAAGACUGAAGCAAUAAUUUGGCACUUCCACAAAUUAACAGGGGCCGAAUGUACAGACUUGGAUUUUAAAAAUAAAUGUCAAAAAGUUUUAAAAUUAAAAAAGUCGCCAGAGACAGAGCAUAUUAAUGAUGACAAUAAAGAAGAUAUAAUACAAGCUCUUUAUGUAGCCUCAAGUCAUUUUAAAGAAGAACUAUCCUCAUUUAUUUUUAAAUGCAAUAAUAUACCGGAACAACCGGAUGAAGAUGACAAUUUUAUGGAUCUAAUACCCUGUUUUGAGCCAUGCAUUAUGGAAAUAAGUAAGGUAACAUAA